AUGCUGUCACUCGUGUUGAUGAUUCUCUUCGUGCACAUUGCCAUCUACGUGGUCAAUACAGUCGGCGCAUCUACAAUCGACCUUCUGGUAUGGCAACUGUACCUGAAGCUCCCCACCUCGACAUCAAGAAAUGCACGAGAGUCACAGCGCCUUAAGGGCGAAGCGAUGAAGCUGAAGCGCGAGAUGAACAACACCAGCUCGCAAGAUGAGUUUGCGAAAUGGGCAAAGCUCCGUCGACGACAUGACAAGGCUAUGGAGGAAUACGAAGCGAUGAACAAGACCGUCUCAUCCCAGAAAACCUCUUUCGACUGGGCCGUCAAGACCGCACGCUGGCUCAGCACCAACGGACUGAAAAUGUUCCUCCAAUUUUGGUACUCCAAAACACCUGUCUUUGCUCUCCCGGAUGGCUGGCUUCCGUACUACGUCCAAUGGAUUCUUUCCUUCCCUCGUGCGCCGCUGGGCUCCGUCAGCAUCCACGUUUGGAAUAAUGUGUGUGCGACUGCUAUUGCGGUGAUUGCUGAGAUCUUGGGUACAGUAUUGGUGCAGGCUAUUGGACAAAAGCCACAAGCCGUACCGGCUGAGGAGACCGAGGCUAAGAAAGCACAAUAA